CAGGACUUCCAUGACACUAUGCUGGAACUGGAGCGGAUGAAAGAACUUAAUGAGAAAGCACUUCUGAUCCAGAAAGUCCUGAGAGGAUACAGAUACAGGAGGGAAUACCUGAGGAAAAAGGCAGCUGCUCUUGUCAUUCAGAAGCACUGGAGAGGACACAAAGGCCGAAAGCUGUACAAAGUGGUCCAGCACGGCUUUGCCAGGCUGCAGGCUCAGGUCCGAUCCCGCCAACUUCACUUCCUGUACAAGAAGAAGCGCGAGGCGGCCGUCGUGCUGCAGGCCCGAGUCAGAGGAUACCUGGCCAAGAAGGAAUGGAAGCGCAAGAGAGACGCUGUGAUCCUCCUGCAGGCACACACCAGGGGGGGGUUGGCCAGAAAAUCAGUCAGAAAGAUGAAAACAGAUAUGUACCUCUCUGCCAAAGAGAAAGAAGAAGAACGGCGGGUGAUUUUGGAGAGACAGAAACAUUUGGAGGAAGUGCUGAGGCGGAAGAAGGAGAUGGAGGCCAAAGCUCAGAAUGAGGCCAUCACAGACCAGGAGAUGGUGGACAGCAUUUUUGAUUUCCUGCCUGUAGUGGUUGGAGGGCAGGAGGGGCAAGCCCCUGUAGGAUUUGAGAAAUUUGAGCUGAAAAAGACAAUUACUGAGGAGAUAGACAUCGACGACGUCCCCAUGGAGGAAGAUCUUCCCAGAGGCGACGAUGAUGACGACCUGGAUGAGUACUCCUUCUCCAAAUUUGCCUCUAUGUACUUCCAGGGUGCAGCCACCCACACCCACAUCCGCCAGAGGCUGCGGCAGCCCCUGCUCUACCACGAAGAUCAAGGAGAUGUCCUGGCUUCCAUGACAGUGUGGUGGAUCAUCCUGAGGUUUUUGGGAGACCUCCCUGAGCCCAAGAAGCAGGUUCGAGGAAGCUCUACGCAGGAGCGCUUCAUGCCGCAGGAGCUCAUCUCCAGAAAGGACCGACGCCUCAGCCACAUGGUCGGCCUGGAUCAGAGGGUGCUGAGGAAUAAAAAGGAAAGGAAGGCUUCCACAUUACCCGAGGAACCAGGACAGAACAGGAAGGGCUCCAUGUUCACAGACUUGCUGGCCAGGAACAGGAAGCCUUCUGCUCUGCCUGCAGAGGCAGCAAACCCCAAGGUGUACACUGUGCCAGAGGGGAGCCCUCGAACCAGGAAGGGUUCCACAUUCACUGACCUACUGAUCAGAAACAAAAAAGCUUCUACUGCUACAGAAAAUGCACCCCCCACCUCAAGCCUCAGGAAACCUUCCAUCAUCAUGGAGGAGUCCGACGAUCUGACGGAAGUGUCCAAGCCUCCCACCCUGCAGAGUGUGAAGGAGGAUGGGGACCUCAUGGAGGGGGAGGGGGAGGGACCCACCCUGGACCGGCCGCUGACCUCACUGGAAAAACUCCACAUCAUCGUGGGAUAUGCCAUCGUCAGACGUGACCUUAGGGAUGAGAUUUACUGUCAGAUCUGCAAGCAGCUUCAAGACAACAACAAUCGCAACAGCUACUUCCGCGGCUGGAUCCUGCUGUCCCUCUGCCUGGGAGUCUUCCCCCCCAGUGAUCGCUUCAUUAGGUAUCUGCAGAGCUUCAUCCGGUUCGCUCCAGGAGGCUACGCCCCGUACUGUGCAGAGAGGCUGCGGCGCACCUUGCUGAACGGAGUGCGGGGGGAGCCUCCAGCCUGGCUGGAGCUGCAGGCAACCAAGACAAAGAAGCCCAUGAUCGUGUCUGUGAACCUGAUGGACGGACGCUCCAUCAACCUGCCGGUGGACUCCUCCUCCACCUCCAGAGAGAUCUGCCAACUGCUCUCCAACAAAAUCAAACUCAAAGACACAUUUGGCUUUUCUGUCUACGUCGCCUUGUAUGAAAAG